GUUCACUGGGCGUUAUGUUGUUUCAUGGGCGGAUGGCCAUAAUCGGGUCAUACUUCCUUAAGAAGCGUCCAUUGAGUGUGUUGUGGGUGUAACGUGUAUUCAUUUUAGAGGUCAACUCAUUUGUUGGAAACAAGCACGAACAAGGUGUAGCAAGAUAAGAGGGACCAAAAAACACUUAAAAACCAACGAACGCCAUGCUUUUUACGAAACUAUUGAGCCUAAGUGCUUUUGUAACAGUGGUUAUGGGGAACUUCCCCCAACGGAAGACCUGGUGGGCUAACCACAUCACCGACGACUAUUACACCGCUGGGCGUCUCUCGGCCAGACAAGUAAAGUACACCUACGAAGCUGGCUUCAAGUCGAUCAUAUCGAUCUUCAAUUUCACCGCCGGUGUAAAAUCGAGUGCUAUUGAAGAAUUCCCGACGACAGAUGAGUGCAUGUAUAUUGCUAAAAAUUUAUGUGGGAUGCCCUAUGCUGUUGUGUUAUCGCCCGGGGACAGUUGGCAGGACAUAAGCCUCGUUGAGCGGUUCACUGCCAUCGCUGACCAAAUGCCCAAACCAACACUUGUUCACUGCGGCGUUGGAUACUCAUCAACAUUUACUCUUCUUAAUUACUUUGCCAACAAAACUAAACACGAUCCUGAGUUCACACCGAAGAUCAAGCCAGAUGAUGUGUUUGAAAUAGGAGCCAUCCACGGCUUUGACUACAGCGAUAAUGCUUUGAAAGAACUUGUGUCUGAAGUCACAGGGUGGAACGUGACGGACAACGUAACUGUUCCCGAUAUCCCCAUGGGUCAGGGCUGGUGGCAUUAUUGGCACGCGACUCCUGUCUACAAGGACAUCUUUAUGGCAGGACAGAUCUACGCAACCACAGGUGCCAAUAUAAACAGCACUGGUUUCCGCUCAAUCAUCAAUGUUCGAAAGGGACUAACCGCACCAGAUGGAACACUAACACAAGAAGAGGUGACGUUACUGAACAUCAAAGACAAUACAGGGACCUAUGUGGACGGUGGACGCCAAACAACGCCUAGACUCGAGGCAUCGCGAAUAGAUCCAAAUAUUUCAAACCAAUAUAUAUCAAGACUAUCACCCAUUAAUUAUGAAAUGAAGAACCUUUUGGAGUUUGGAGAUGACAUUGGUUACAAUGAAGAACUAGAAAGAAAGACAUUCGAAGAUUUCUACACUGGUGUUAAAUACUACCAUCAUCCAACAGUUGGCCAAACUGGCUUUACCAACGAGACAUGGAACAACUACAGAGCUGACAGCAGGGAAGCCAUUCAAAGAGGACCAGUACUUUAUCAUUGCAGAACGGGAAAACGAGCAGCCGUAUGGGCGAUACUUGCUGCUGCAGAUUACUAUAGCCUUGGACUAGAUUGGGCGAUGAAGCGAUCUAAAGAGUUAGGCGUCCCAUUCGAUGACAAAUCUCCCGAAGUGGCCCUCUGGCGAAGUGUUCUUAUAGGAGAAUAUAGCAGUGGCCAGCAAGCAUUACAUUCAUCCAUCGUUCCGUCCAUUCUAUCAAUACUUUCACUUCAACUUUUGUGGAGAUUUAUGUAAUUUUAACCUUGAUAUUUAUGAUUGACGACCUACAAAAUUGAAUCAACAAAUCUUGUUAUUGUUAAAAGAUGUCACUACUGGGUCGUAAUACCCAGAAUAUCAUAUGCAUUGAGUUUACAGCGAUCCCCGAAUAAUUAUGAUGUCCAUACACGUCCCUUCAUCAUUAUGUUCAUAGUUUUAUACUAUGGUUUACUAUAGUCUGAUGGUGUUUUAUGAUUCAGAGCCAUAUAUUUUGUAAGGUAAUGUUUCGAACAUCAACAUUUUAUCCCAUGUGCUCUUUUUCCCCAUUAUUAUCGCAAAUGAGGAACUACUUUUCAUGCACAGUAUCAUCUA